AUGUUGGGCAUUUCUUUCAACGAAGCGUCCCGGCACUCUGGCACCCGGCUUGCCAUCAAUUUUAUCCUUACUAUUGCCGCCCUUGCCUUGGUUCGAAGGAUUGGGAAAAUAUGCUUGGCAAAGUACCGCCUGCAGGCACUUCCGUUGGUCAAUGGGCACGGCCUAUUCGAGUCUGACAAAAGAUCUAAAGAAAACUUUUUCUUCAACGCCCAAAGCCUGUUAGAUGAUGGAUACGCAAAGUCCUCCAAGGCAUUUCGGGUACAGACCGACAACUCGCAGGUGGUGGUGUUGGCACCUGAAUGUGUAAGCGAGAUUCGGAAUGAUAACCGUUUCAACUUCACUCAACUUCUGGCAGAUGACUUUCUAGGGCAUAUCCCUGCCUUCACCAACUUUAGUCCGCACAAUGGUCUGAACGAUAUGGCAAAAGAGGUCUUGACGAAAAAGCUUAACCCGUCUCUUGGCCUUGUUACCAAAGAUGUUUCAACCGAGGCAACACUCGCGUUCCGCGACCAUUGGACGGAUGACACAGAAUGGCACUCGAUCAAUAUGAAAGGAACUAUCCUUGAGAUUGUAGCACAGUUAUCCUCGCGCGUCUUCCUUGGGCCAGAGCUCUGUCGGAACCCUGCCUGGCUACGAAUCACAGUCGACUACACCACCAACCUGUUUUUCGGCGUUGAGGCGCUGAAGAAAUGGCAUAGCUUUCUCCGCCCUCUCGUGUGGCGCUUCGUUCCAGAAGUUCGAAAAGUACGCCAGCAGAUCGAAGAGGCGAUACGCCUCAUCCAGCCUGUCGUCGAUAAGAGGACUGCCGAGUCUCGAUCUUCAGACGACUCCUCAAAGAAGGUAAAGUAUACAGAUGCCGUUCAAUGGGCUCACGAAUUGGCCGGCGAUAGGCCGUACCAUCCGGCAUUACUGCAGCUCGGAUUUUCACUGGCAGCGAUUCAUACGACAACCGACCAACUUUGCCAGACGCUUUACGACCUGUGUGCGCACCCAGAGUAUAUAGACCCUCUGAGACAUGAGUUGGUUACUGUUCUGAAGGAGAGCGGCAUGACUAAAGCUGGGCUAUACAAACUCAAACUCAUGGACAGUUUCAUGAAAGAAAGUCAGCGAUUAAAGCCUGGAGCUUCGCUCUUGAUGCGACGUUUAGUAAUGGAGGAUGUUACUCUUUCCAACGGCGUCUUUCUACCCCGGGGAGUACAGGUUGGCUUUCCUUUACGCUCGCAUUUCGACCCGAAGGCCUACCCGGAUCCCGAUGUGUUUGACGGAUACCGCUUUGCGAAGAUGGCAGGUGACCCAGAGAGAGAGAUAUUGCGUCACUUUGUCUCGACAAGUCCUGAACAUUUAGCCUUUGGGUUCGGGAAACAUUCUUGUCCUGGGCGGUUCUUUGCAGCCAUUGAAGUCAAGAUUGCGCUCUCUCAUAUCCUGCUCAAGUAUGAUUUCAAGCUGGCAGAAGGGACCACACCCACUGCAAUGAAGAUGGGUUGGGCUUUAAUUGCAGACCCAAUGGCACAUUUCAUGAUUAAGCGCCGCGAAGGCAUUGACGAAAGUGUUCUCACUGCCUAG